CGGUGUCGGUUUUACUCUGAAAGACGGAAGUGUCAGUCAACAGCUUUUAUUUUGGAGAAUGUGAGCCAAGACUGCUACCAGCUACACCUUCUCACCCAAUAUGCGGCCCUUUUGAACGGUGAAGCGCGGGGACAGUUGGUACAGCGAGUCAGGAUGAGCGUCGCUCUAGACAUCCGCCUGAAAAGAGCCAACAAAGUCUACCAUGAAGGGGAAGCGGUGGCCGGUGUGGUGGUGGUGACAUGCAAGGAGGCGCUGCAGCAUCACGGCAUCUCCCUGAGCAUGGAGGGGCAGGUCAACCUGCAGCUGAGCUCCAAGAGCGUCGGCGUCUUCGAGGCCUUCUACAACUCCGUCAAGCCCAUCCAGCUCCUCAGCUGCAACAUCGAGGUGGCCAAGGCGGGCAAGAUCCCGGCUGGAAAGACUGAGAUCCCGUUUGAGUUUCCCCUUCACUCCAAAGGCAACAAAGUCCUCUACGAGACCUACCACGGGGUUUUUGUCAACAUCCAGUACACGCUCCGCUGCGACAUGAAGCGCUCACUGCUGGCCAAAGACCUGAGCAGGAACUGUGAGUUCAUCAUCCACUGUCAGCCGCAGAAAUCCAAAAUAGUGGCCACGCCCGUCAACUUCACCAUCACCCCCGACACCCUGCAGAACAUCCGUGAGAGAGCGGCACUGCCCAAGUUUCUCAUUCGAGGGUGUUUGGACGCCACCACCUGCGUGAUCAGCCGCCCGCUGACUGGCGAGGUGGUGGUGGAGACCUCCGACGUGCCCAUCAAGAGCAUCGAGCUGCAGCUGGUGCGAGUGGAGACCUGCGGCUGCGCUGAAGGCUACGCUCGCGACGCCACCGAGAUACAGAACAUCCAGAUCGCAGAGGGCGACGUGUGCAGAGGACUUCCCAUCCCCAUCUACAUGGUGUUCCCCCGACUCUUCACAUGCCCCACCCUGGAGACCACCAACUUCAAAGUGGAGUUCGAGGUGAACGUGGUCAUCGUGCUCCACGACGACCAUCUGAUCACAGAGAACUUUCCUCUCAAGCUCUGCCGAGUCUGAGCGACGCUGAUGGGAUCCACAUGUGGAGCAGCUUUCAUUGCACAUUUUCCUCGACCCUGAGGUGUUUGUACAUUUUUACAUCAAGUAACAUUAAAAGGUGCCAUGUUUCUGCACCUUCAGUUUCGAAGGUCGACUUGUCCGCGAGGUUGAGAUCAGGACAGUUUCCAGGCCAAGUUCAGGGGUCAAACACAGCCAGGAGUCUGUCAAAACACUUUGUAUUUCCAGAACAUGAACAGAUAAAAGAACGAUUGUGACGUGUUACUGACACACGGACGAAUUUAAAGGAAGUGUUGAAUUAAAAAAGAAAAAAAAACCGUAAUAAAACCAAGCAAAGCAGAGCGCGGGAGGGAGGAGAGGGUGGUUAUAUAUCAGGGGAGUUGGCGCCUCCUGCUGGCCAAAGCGGGGAACUCUUCCGGAGAGAUGGUGUGCCCUCUGCAGGUGGGACAUGUGCUCUGCUCCUUCAACCAGGACGAGAUGCACUGAGGAGAGAAACGGAGACGUCACCACAUGGCCCAGCGUGAAGCUGAAACAUUAUGACCACCUGCAGGUGAGGAAACCGCUCACUUUAGCUGCAGUGGUCAUAAUGUUUGACACACUCCUGACCUGCACGUGGAAGGUGUGUCUGCAGUCCAGCACCCUGCUGUUGUCCGAGGUCAUUUCCUCGUGGCAGAUCACGCACGGGUCCUCCAAGUUGAUCUGUGGGAGACAGAGAAGCUCAUCCCCCGUCCUGUAGGUGGAGCUCCUGCAGGAACAGGGCAGCACUCACGGCUUUCAGUUGAGAAGGUUUGGGCUUCUGCCAGACUGGAGCCGGCGUCUCCGGCGCUGGGCCUCGGCGCUCCCUGCUGGCGUUGGCGGCGGACUUCUCCUGAGGGCAAAAGGUCAGGUUCAUCACGGUGAAGGAGCUUCACUGGCCGUGGUCCGUACCUGGUGAUCCAGGAUCAGCUGGGUGGUUCCCACGACCACCUCCUGCAGAUCCAUGCCACUGAGUUUCCCGCCAGUGGACGAACGCAGGUGAUAGACAAACCGGAUCAGGUCAUCCCUGCCGGUGGACAGACCAGUUUAGGAGGACCGUCCAGACCACCCAGGAAGGCUUGUUCCCCACGAGACCGCGGGGUACCUGCUGUAGUCCGGGAAGAUGCUGCUGAGCUCCUCCAUGGCCUUUUCAAAGACCGUGGCCGCCGCAGUCUCCUGGGGUCUGGCUGGUCUGGGCGGAGCUUCUGCCGCGGCAGGUUUGGGGUUCAGUGCGACGGCGUCAGGUAACGGGCUGAACUCUGGAGCCGGAGCAGACAUCUGUGGACCCCAAAACACAGUUGUACGUCCCAGUCCGACUGAGACAAGAUGAGCUGGGGGGUGGGGGGUGGCUCUCACCAUCGGCACCGCCCACAACGACUGGAUGCUUUUCAGGACGGGAACCAACUCGCUGACGUUCCGGCCACUUCGCACCAGCUCCACUUGCUCCUGGUACUGCUUCUGCAGGGCCCACAGGACGAGCAGAUUCACCCGGACAGAAGAUUAUGACCGCCUCCACCAAGCACCAGCCGCUUUGGUCCCAGCCAGUCUGGACCCACCUCAACAGUCAUACUUUCAGUGACCUAGAUCCAGGACUACAGGACCUGGUCUUCCAACUGAGCACUGCAUUUUAGCUCAACCACACGGUCAUCCAGAGACAAGUGGGACGCACCUCAGUAAAACAUUGAGCAACACUCCAGUCCUGCAGCUGAAACUGUCUCAAGCUGCCAAGUUCUUUUAAAAACAGUUCAAGUCACGCUUCCGUUAAAAAAACAAAACGGACCUCAGCGGCUGCUAUCUUCUUCUCCACCUCCUGGAUGUUCUCCCGCCAGCUCCUCCUGCUCAUGUCCAGGUCAGAGGACGGAAACCUGAAGGGAAAAACAGGAGCCGGUGAGGCAGGGCUGGGACACAGCACGGAUCCUUGACCUCCUGACCUCCGAGAUCGCUCGUCCAGUUUGGCCAGAAAGACUUUGAAUUCGGCCAGUUGCUUGUAGAGGCCGUACAGGCCGAGGUCUUUGUAGCUCUCCACCACGGACAUCUGUGCGGAAGAACCACCGUGGUGUCACUCAGCCUCUCACAUGGCCACGGUUCAAACACCACGCACCUGAGCACUGCGUGAUCUGCUGUUGGCCUUGGCUACAGACGCUUUGAGAGACUUGAUCUCGUCCUCCAGACUCAUCUUCUCACUCGCCAUCUGGUUACUGCAGCAGGAACAGCGAGGUCGAUAACCAGCUCACGUCCCUCAGAAGAGCAUCCAACUCACCUCAGGUCCAGAAAGCGACUGAGCUUUUCUUCAUACUUGGCGUCGGACUCUUUAAUGCUCCUGGUCAAACUGUGAAAAACAGGCAUGUUCACUGGGAUCGUCUGAGAUGAGGGGACAUGAUCAACCCAUGUGACACCUCUUGCUUUCCUCCACUCGCUCACAGAUCUCCUGCUUCAGAGACUUGAGCUGCUCCUGGUUGGACUUCUUCUCCUUCCGGUCAUUCUCCACUUCAUCCUCCAGCUUCUGCUGGAACAAGCUCAGCUCCUUGUUGGUUAUCUGGAAGAACCACCGUCAGGCUGCAGCACGGAAGACUGGAGCGCCGCGCGGGACCGUCGGCACUCACUUGGAUGAUGGUGUGGAUUCCUUUGAUCUCCUCCUCCAAGCUGCUGAUGUCCAGCUGGUGCUCCGCAUCAGCUUGUUGACAGUGACCGGACAGUUUACGCAGCAGCUGCUGGAUCUUCCAGUAGCCCUUUUCUUUUUUGUUGAUUUCUCCCUGCGGGACAGAGACGUCUUUAUUCAACAUCCCUCCUCAGUCCGGGCCCAACAUCAAGGGCACAUUAAAACUGUGAUGUUGGUCAGAAAACCUUCCGUGUUAGUUUACGAAUAAGUUGUAAUGGGCUGGAGAGAUGGACCUUACAUGAGCGGACUCCAGGUGGUGCGGGUCGGUGUUCACCGCCACGCUGCUCUGGUUCUCCUGAGACGUCUGAAGGAAGCACAUGGUCUGUGAGGGCUGCAGGUGUCAGUGAACGGACGCACUGGUGGAGCUGUACCUGAAUCUCCUUGUGGUUCUUCACUGGUUCUACCGGAUAGUACUGAAUUGUAUUGUAAGGAAGGUACACAGUACUCGGGUCGUAGUAGGGGUAGAGGUCAUAGGUGGGUGUGCUGGCGGCCUCCGGCAUAGCCACCACCUGAGAAGCCAAACCCACACAGUCUCCGAUCUUAACAAAGUGACGUGACUGGAGCAGGAAGGACUCCAGGCCGCCGGCCUCGUGGAUCUUCAGCUGGGCGACUUCAGGAAAAUUCUGCAGCUGCUCCAUGAGCAGAGGAGAGUCAGGCACUUGAGGACCAUGUAGCUCCAGGACCUGGGUGAAGUAGCUGGAGAAGCAACGGAGAGUGUGCUGCGUGAGAAGCGCCAGACAGACUCAGACCACAGCCUGGAUGUAUGGACUUCAAAAAUCCUGACGCGCCUCAGUUCUGAAGUAACGGCUUUACGCUUUGAAACUGCUCUGGACUAGGGAGGGGCGAUAUGUUUCAGGUCUCUGGUAGAAGCCGCUGGUGUCUGACAGGCUGCUCUGCCAGCUUUAUUUAGGGCUUCAAUGGAGCCGUCUGUCUGCUGUAUCUCAUGUCUCUGAACACUUGAACUAUGGAGCAGUCUGGACACAUGAUGCUGCUGAAGAAACAUUAGAAACCAUCAGGUGAAGGAAUGAUCAUGGAGUCAGAGUCUAUUCUCCAGAUCAUGAUCCAAACUCUCAGUCCUUUGUCUUGUGUGAUGAAAAACCUUGUCACAAUUCUCUCUCCUAAAAUGCUUGUUUUCCAUGGCCUUAUUGAAGAUGUCACUCAGACUUUGAGGCUUUAGAAUGUGUUGAUGGUCCCUAACUGAUGGCGGCUCCCAGCAUUAGCGCUGCCUGUGAGAGUGUGUCCUCCAUCAGUGAAGCCUCAUGGGGACACGGAAGAGGGCGCUGCCGCCAAUAUCCAACUGUUGUCACCUUGGCAGCGGGAGAGAUGCAUGUGUUGAUGUGAACCAAGGCAGACGAGCGCCUCAGAGAUCCUAUGAGGACCGCUCCAUCUGAUCAAAGAAACAGGGAUCCAGAGACUCAGAGUCGACCAGUGUCAUGAUCAAAGGUUCCCUGGAUUCAACAUCACGUUCAAACUACCAUGGUGAACCACAGUCCACCACACUCUCCACAACUGUCACGCGGCAGUGUCGGCCGUCAAACGGUGCAGAACUGGAGAGCGCGGCGCCGCCACUGUCUCGUUCAUGUUCAGGUGUGCAGGUCCAAUGCAGCCAGUGAGCCGCGUGUUUAUUGACUUUAUUGUGAGAUGCAGAAUUGUCAUGGUGGAUAUUGUGUUUGGCGGGAUAUCGUGUACGAUAAUGUAUCGCCCAUUCCUACUCUGUACCCAGACUUCCAUGCUGACAAACACUUUGCGAGCCAAGGGUUCCAGCGGUGGACAACAGAGCCGCAUCAUUUAGCUUUCCCAUUUACGACCGAUUUUUCUUGGUCAAUAACAUGCAGAGGUUAAAGCAAGGCAGAAGCACCACUCACCCGUACAAAUCCUCCUCGGUGGUGUCAGGAUCCAAAAAGUGUUGAGCAUUACAGCCGGACAGAUUCUCAAAGUUGUACUGGUUCUCAAAGUCGUCCACUUGAUCGCGCAGGUAGCUGGGAACACUGAAGGGACCUUCUGGAUCCAGGACCGGACUGAAACCGACCUCAGUGUUAGCUUCAAAAGACAAGGAAGGUGAGCAAAGCCGCCACUUACAAAGUGUGAUUUUCAAUAAAGCUUGGGUCCCACUCCUCAGUCGGUGUGUUGCUUCGAACAUCCGACCAAUCGAUAAGCUCCUGAGAGACAAGAGCAUGAAACUGAUAAAGCAAAGACACAUUACAGCAGCGUGAGUGAAUGCAAUCCAACCUUUGGUUCUUUACGUUUCUUUUUACGAGCUCGACUUUUCGUUUUUGUUGGACAAUUCUGCAAAUGAAGUGUAAGGUUAGGAAGUCUUUGAGGGAGGAAUCAGUCCUGGACAACAACAACUUGCCUUUUCAGUGGACUUUUUUAACACAGCACAAUGACCUUCUGUAAAGCAAAGACGCUGUCAGUCAAGUCACCAGAACCUUUGGUCUAAAGUAGGGGCCUCAACAACACACUCACCCAUCAUAUCAAAAUGGUCAUCCAGUAUAUUGUGAUAGGAAACAUAAUUAUCUCUGUGCUCGUCUAGAGUCCAAAUAAAAAGUCGAACGUCGUUUGCUGGAGCCUCUUUUAGGUAACAAGUC